CUUUUCUUAACAGUGACUGUGUUCUUAAGCACUUUGACACCAAAAUUCUACUUUGCACUUACUGUGACUUCAUCCUUUAUUUCUGGACUGAUAUUUGUGUUUGAGUGGUGGCACUUCCGAAAAUACGGCACGUCUUUCAUUGAGCAGGUGUCUGUGAGCCACCUGCGGCCCCUCAUCGGCGGAGCGGAGAGCAGCGCCGCGGCGCCCGUCACCUUCUCGGCGAGCAGCGCGGAGAGCGAGACAAACAGGCAGAACUUGCCAGAGUGUAAAGUAUGGCGAAAUCCUCUCAAUCUUUUCAGAGGGGCAGAAUAUAGCAGAUACAUGUGGGUCACUGGGAAGGAGCCUCUUACGUAUUAUGAUAUGAAUUUGUCUGCCCAAGAUCAUCAAAACUUUUUCACGUGUGAUACAGAUGCCCUUCGCCCUUCAGAUACAGUUAUGCAGAAAGCCUGGAGAGAGAGAAACCCCCAAGCCCGGAUUAAAGCAGCUUACCAAGCUUUAGAACUGAACAAUGACUGUGCAACUGCCUAUGUCCUCCUGGCUGAGGAAGAAGCAACAACUAUUGUAGAUGCUGAGAAGUAUUUUAAACAGGCUCUGAAAGCAGGAGAAACAGUUUACAGAAAGUCUCAGAACUGCCAUUCCCAAAGUCCCCAGCAUGAAGCACAGCUGAGAAGAGAUACCAAUGUACUGGUAUAUGUGAAAAGGAGGCUAGCUAUGUGUGCAAGAAAACUUGGAAGAAUAAGAGAAGCUGUAAAAAUGAUGAGAGAUUUAAUGAAAGAAUUUCCACUUCUCAGCAUGCUGAAUAUUCAUGAAAACCUCCUGGAGGCACUGCUGGAAUUACAGGCCUAUGCAGAUGUCCAGGCAGUUUUAGCUAAGUAUGAUGAUAUUAGUCUUCCAAAAUCAGCAGCAAUAUGUUACACAGCAGCCCUUUUAAAAGCCAGAGCUGUUUCAGAAAGAUUCUCCCCUGAAACUGCCUCCAAAAGAGGGCUUAGUACAGCAGAAAUAAAUGCUGUGGAAGCAAUUCAUAGAGCUGUGGAAUUUAACCCUCAUGUUCCAAAGUAUUUGCUAGAAAUGAAAAGCCUAGUCCUACCUCCAGAGCAUAUUCUGAAACGAGGGGACAGCGAGGCAGUAGCAUAUGCUUUUUUUCAUCUCCAGCACUGGAAGAGGAUAGAAGGGGCUCUAAAUCUGUUACAUUGCACAUGGGAGGGCACGUUUAGGAUGAUCCCCUACCCGUUAGAGAAAGGCCAUCUUUUCUAUCCUUAUCCAAGUUGUACAGAAACAGCAGACAGAGAGCUGUUGCCAACGUUUCAUGAAGUCUCCGUUUAUCCGCAGAAGGAGCUUCCCUUUUUCAUCCAUUUCACAGCAGGCCUGUGCUCCUUCUCAGCAAUGCUCGCCCUCCUUACACACCAGUUCCCUGAGCUGAUGGUUGUUUUUGCUAAAGCUGUAAGUACUGUUUCUGUUAUUGGGCUUGCUUUGGGAAUUUGUGGGAUCUUCAGCAUUCCUGAGUUCUUUGGGACUCUUUCACACUUCAGCGACCUGGCAGAAAACACAGAGGUGUUCGUGCUGUCUACACCCUGUCGAGAGCUAACUGCAGUCUGA